AUGCUUGCGAGAUCAAAGCUUGCUCUUGAUUUGAGCAGAAGAUCACACUCUUCGCUGCAAUUAUCCUAUUACGAGAUUCUCUCAUCUGGGUUUUGUAGCGGCGGCGAUAAUGGCUUACCGGAAAACGGUGGUUCCGAUUCAGGCAACGAGUGGGAGAAACUUCUUAAACCAUUCGAUCUCGAUUCUCUCAGGAAUUCGUUUCACAAGAUCACUCCUUUUCAGCUCUGUAAGCUACUUGAGUUACCUCUGGAUGUUUCCACAUCAAUGGAAUUGUUCUCAUGGUCCGGUUCUCAAAAGGGUUACCGACACUCCUUCGAUGUGUACCAAGUGCUUAUAGGUAAGCUCGGUGGUAACGGUAAGUUUAAGAUGAUUGAUAGAUUGUUGAUGCAGAUGAAAGAAGAAGGAAUCGUUUUUAGAGAAACCCUUUUCAUUUCGAUUAUGAGAGAUUACGGUAAAGCUGGGUUUCCUGGACAAACUACGAGAUUGAUGUUGGAGAUGAGGAAUGUGUUUUCAUGUGAACCCAGUUUUAAAUCUUACAAUGUUGUCUUGGAGAUUUUGGUUGCUGGUGAUUGUCAUAAAGUUGCAGUCAACGUGUUCUACGAUAUGCUUAGCCGAAGAAUCCCUCCUACGGUUUUAACAUUUGGAGUUGUCAUAAAAGCUUUCUGUGCGGUUAACGAAAUCGAUUCGGGUCUGUCUCUGCUCAAGGACAUGACGAAACAUGGCUGCGUCGCUAACUCGAUUAUUUACCAGACUCUUAUACAUUCAUUGUCAAAGUGUAAUAGAGUGAACGAAGCGCUUCAACUUCUCGAAGAGAUGUUUCUGAUGGGUUGUGUCCCUGAUGCUGAAACGUUUAACGAUGUUAUCCUUGGUCUCUGUAAGUUUGAUCGGAUUAACGAGGCUGCUAAAAUGGUGAACCGGAUGCUGAAUAGAGGUUUUGCUCCUGAUGAUAAAACGUAUGGCUAUUUGAUGAAUGGACUAUGUAAGAUAGGUCGUAUUGAUGCUGCAAAGGAUCUUUUUAGCAGAAUUCCUAAGCCGAAUGUUGUCAUCUUCAAUACUCUUAUUCACGGGUUUGUGAGUCAGGGAAGACUUGAUGAUGCUAAAGCUGUUAUAUCAGAUAUGGUAACGUACCAUGGUAUCGUUCCUGAUGUCUGCACGUUUAACUCGCUGAUCGAUGGAUAUUGGAAGAAGGGUCUUGUAGGUUUAGCUCUGGAAGUUGUUCGCGAUCUGAGGAACAAAGGUUGUAAGCCCAACGUCGUCUCUUAUACUAUCUUAAUUGAUGGUUUCUGCAAAUUAGGAAAGAUAGAAGAAGCGUACAAUGUUCUGAAUGAUAUGUCUGCUGAUGGAUUGAGACUCAACACUGUUGGUUUUAACUGUUUAAUAUCUGCUUUACUCAAAGAACAUCGAAUCCCCGAGGCCAUAAAGAUUUUCAGAGAGAUGCCAAGCAAAGGCUGUAAGCAUGAUGUGUAUACAUUCAAUUCGAUGAUAUACGGACUCUGUGAAGUCGACGAAGUUGAGCAUGCCUUGUGGUUACGCAGAGACAUGAUAUCAGAAGGUGUUGUUGUCAAUACUGUUACUUACAACACGUUGAUCAACGCGUUUCUCAGAAGAGGCGAGAUCAAAGAAGCUCGUAAACUGGUCAAUGAGAUGGUUUUCCAAGGAUCCCCGCUUGACGAAAUAACCUACAAUAGUCUGAUAAAAGGGCUGUGCAGGGCCGGAGAGGUUAAAAAAGCAAGAAGCUUGUUCGAAAAGAUGUUAAAAGACGGGCUUGUACCGAGCUGCAUCUCCUGUAACAUACUUAUAGACGGGCUAUGCAAAAGCGGGAUGGUGGAAGAAGCGGUUGAGUUUCAGAAAGAGAUGGUUCAUAGAGGAUCCACACCAGACAUUGUGACGUUCAACAGUCUGAUAAACGGUCUGUGCAAGGCCGGUCGGAUCGGAGAUGGUUUGGCAAUGUUUAAGAAGCUUCAGGACGAAGGAAUUGCGCCUGAUACGGUGACGUAUAACACUCUGAUGAGUUGGUUGUGCAAAGGUGGUUUUGUUGACGAUGCUUGCUUUCUUCUUGAUGAAGGUAUUGAAGAAGGUUUUGUUCCAAAUGUUAGAACUUGGUCCAUUUUGUUGAGGAGUCUUGUUCCUCAUGAAACACUAGAUAGACACAGAUUUUAUGAAGCAGCUCUCUGA